AUGGCGAAUACUAUAACAAAGCAAUACACCCGCCUCCUCACUCUCUGGCCAAAAGACGCUCUGCGCCCAAAUUUACCCUUCACACGCGCAAUCGAGCAUCAUGGCAAACCAUUCGGCGUCCAACCCAUAACACCCACCCCCGAAGAGGGCGCAAAGCCCCAAGCGCCCGCGCCCACAACACCGGCCGCAUCUUCGCCGCCUGCGAAUCCCAAGCUCGAGCAAGCCCAAGUAAACGCACUAUUCUCGUUACUAGAGAACCGAUAUAGCACAAAGUAUGCGCUAUCACCGGGUGUACUGAAGCCAACAUCUGCGCCGGAGCACUAUACCAGACUGAUGGAGGAGAUCGAGCGGGCGCCUCAGAAGACAUGGUGGGAGGCCAAACUGGAUCAGUGGAAGAUGAAGAUUCGAUGGUCUUGA